AUGGGUUUAGCGGAACCAAGAAUAAAACAAAGGAUAUCCGCUGACCCUAGAAACUUAGCAUGGAGUAAUGGUAGCGUCUCUUUUAAUGAAAAUCAAGAUAAAUUUGGUUAUAGGAUGUUAUCAAAGAUGGGUUGGUUACCAGGAAAAGGAUUAGGUGUAAAUGAAGAUGGUGCAAAAGAGCAUAUAAAACUUUCACUUAAACAAGAUAAUCUUGGUGUUGGAGCCACAAAAAAAACUAUUGAUAACUGUGAGUCUGGGAGUUUAUCUUCAAUUCGUUUAGCGCAUCGAGCUAAAUUCCUUAAAAGCAAAAAAGCCGCUAUACAAAAUUCCGAUAGAUUAAAUGAAAUAUUUGGUAUAAAAUCAAAUAAAGAUACUUUUGAUGAUUUGAAUAAUAUCUCAAACUCGCCUUCUUCAAAAAGUAAUAAAGUAAUUACAACUAUUACGACGACAGCGUCUUCAAGUGAAAUUGAUGAAUCGGAUCAGAACAAUUCUGUAAAAAGUAUAAGGAAAGAGGAUAUUGUGACUAACGUUAAUGAAAUGAGCGCUCAAGAAUAUUUUGCCCAAAAAAUGAAAGGGUUAAAAUUAUCAGGAAUUGCGAAUAGUGGUCUGUCGGAUUGUAAUAAGAUGAAUGCUGAGAUUGAUGAACGACCUAGCUUUAGUAUGGGAGUUUGCACGGGUUUCGUUAGUAAUGAACAAGACGCGAACAUGUCUAAAAAUGCUUUGAGUUCAGGUUUGGUUGGUAAUAGUAACAAGAAAAGGAAACGUGAUAUUGAUAUUGAUUUGGUUAAUAGUAAGAAAUCGAUUAAGAAAGACGUAAAAUCAAAGAAAAAAGAAAAGAAGAAAAAAUUAAAGAAUCUAGAAAAGGAUUAG